AUGACAACAUUCUACGACUUCCAAGUUAAAGAUAUUGACGGAAACCAAACCAACUUUGAUAAAUUUAAAGGAAAAGUUGUUUUAGUUGUUAACGUCGCUUCACAAUGUGGAUUUACUAAACAAUAUACAGGAUUGGAAAAACUUUAUCAAAAUUAUAAAAAUCAAGAUUUUUACGUUCUCGGAUUUCCUUGCAAUCAAUUCGGAAAUCAGGAACCCGAUACUGAAAAAGAUAUCAAAGAUUUUUGCAACAGAAACUACAGUGUUUCGUUCCCGAUGUUUUCUAAAAUUGAAGUGAAUGGACCAAACGCGACGCCUCUUUAUGAAUUCCUUAAGAAGUGUGCACCUAAUGACAACGGAGAUGGAGAUAUUAAAUGGAAUUUCACUAAAUUCUUGGUUGAUCGCGAAGGAAAUGUUCUUAGGAGAUAUAAACAUGAUGUCACGCCCGAAAGUAUUGAAGGCGAUAUCAGUAAAUUAGUGAAAGGUGAAUGA